AUGCUAUCCACCAUAGCUAGAAGCCUACGAAGCGUUCGUGGUGGAUCGGUCUUUCCGCGUAGUCGCCAACCGUUUUCCACGCAAAUCGGAGAGAACCGUGCAGAGGGAAAGUUGGGUAGCGUGAAAGUGUUCAACAAUUUGGAUCCGGAAAUCGGUUCUGUGGCUGUGGUGGGUUUGGGCAUCGAGGGUGCAGGAUACAAUGAGCUCGAGGCGAUCGAUGAAGGAUUUGAAAAUGUACGUAUUGCCGCCGGUAUUGGAGCAAAACGGCUUGCGAAGGAAGGCUGUACGCAGAUAUUCGUGGAUCCCAUGGAAUACCCGGAGCAAGCGGCUGAGGGUAGCGGUCUCGCAACCUGGCGCUAUCAGGCAAACAAAUCGAAGAAGGAUCGUAAACCGAUCCCGAAGCUAGACCUGUACGAUUCACCGGAUGUGGACGCUUGGACCCGUGGUCUAUUUAAAGCCGAUGCGCAAAACCUGGCCCGCAGCCUAUCGGAUGCCCCUGGCAACCAGAUUACGCCUACUUCGUUCGCGCAAGCCGCCGUCGAUGCGCUCUGCCCAUGCGGGGUCAAUAUCGAGGUGCGCAACAAGGAUUGGGCCGAGGCGAAGAACAUGUCCUGCUUCCUGUCCGUCGCGAGAAGCUCCUGUGAGCCACCGAUAUUCCUGGAAAUCAGCUACUGUGGUGACGAUAAGGCCGGACGUCCGAUCAUGCUGGCUGGCAAGGGUAUGACGUUCAACAGUGGUGGUCUCUGUCUUAAAAACCCGGAGGAUAUGGCCCAGUACCGGGCAAGCAUGGCUGGAGCAGCGACUGUCGUGGCAACAAUCCGUGCUGCGGCUGCUCUUUCACUCCCCGUCAACCUGGUCGGUCUGAUUCCGCUCUGUGAGAACAUGCCCUCCGGUAUGGCCUUCAAACCUGGCGAUGUGGUCACCUGCAUGAAUGGGAAAACGAUCGCGGUCCACGAUACAAACAAUGCCGGAAGGUUAAUGCUCGCCGAUACCUUCAUCUAUGGUCAGCAGACGUUCAAGCCCAAAAUCGUGGUCGACGUGGCGACCCUUUCGGAUGGAAUCAUCCACGCCCUCGGUGGUGCCGCCAGCGGAGUGUUUUCGAACUCCGACUUCCUGUGGUCCCAGAUGCGUAAGGCUGGUGCAAUCAGUGGAGAUCGCGUCUGGAGAAUGCCACUCUGGCAGUACUACAGUCACAAGGUUACGGAUUACUCAAACGUGGAUAUCAGCAAUGCAGGGCGUGGAAAGGGAAGUGCAUGUUUGGGGGCAGCAUUCCUCAAAGAGUUCGUGCCCUGCGUCGACUGGCUACAUCUGGAUAUCACAGGCGUAGGAAUGCUCAAAACGGGUGCCGGCAUUCCCUAUCUCGUGAACGAUAGAAUGACUGGCCGACCGACUAGAACCCUCAUUCAAUUCCUCUAUCAACUUGCCUGCCCGGAACAGCAAAAGCAAGUUCAACAGAAAAUUGAACAAAAUUAA